GCCCAUCUUGGGUGAGUGGCACGAGCUUAUUAGUAUGCAGGGAGAGUUGCUUUCAGGACUGAGCUCCAGGGUUUGAGAGCCGCUCUGGAUGGGCUUGCUAUAUAGUCGUUGUUGUGGAAGCGGCGCAUUUACAGUGCGACAGUCAGCACAUUGAAAAUACCAAUAGGAAUACAAAACAAAGUCACAUUUACUGAUUUAAUUGUAUUGCAUUCAAUUGUAUCCAGGGAACAGCCUCCAACCAUGAGCCCCGAUCGCAGGAACUGCACCUGGCUAGCCCGGGAGGACCCCAGUCGACUGACCCGUUGAAGGAUUUAAUCCCUAACUCCGGAUCUCUUCUUGGCUGCUUUGCCCGUUAUUGUUAUCAUUUAAUUAUCAGUUUUGUUUUGUUUUUAUUAUUUAAAAAAAAAAAACUCAACUCAUUACUCUCACCAUCAUUCCCUCUUCCCCGAAACACCGUUUCACUUGGCUUCGGAUUCAGUGUCUUUUUGCUCCUCUGCUUCUUCCACCAGCACUUUGUGGCUGGCUGCUACUGCUGCCGCUCGGGGCUACCGCUCCCGCGGCUUAGAUCUCGGCGUCCAGCGGAGGAGGCUCAGCGGCAGUGGGGGGAAGAGUAGGCGGAUCGGGGAGGGCGGCGGCGGCUGCUGGCUCCCCGGCAUGGAUGGCCGGGACUUCGCUCCGCCGUCGCAUCUGCUCUCUGAGCGAGGGAGUCUGGGUCACCGCAGCGCAGCAGCCGCGGCUGCCGCCUCUCGCCUAGCCCCGGCAGGCCCCGCAGUUCAGCACCCGGCUCACUUCCAGCCUGGCAAGUACUUCCAGUCGCCGCUGCCCAUGGCCACGCACACAGCCAGCAGCCGCCUAAUGGGGAAUCCUCCAGCCUCCUCUUUCAUGGGCAGUUUCCUCACCAGCAGCCUGGGAUCCACUGCCCCUGCACAUCCCAGUGGUCCCACUUCCUCCCCCUCUGAUCAAGCCUAUCGGGGCCCCCAUUCUGGUACCUCCCAGAUCUGGUUCUCCCACUCCCAUGAAGCUCCAGGGUACCCCAGAUUUUCGGGGAGCCUGGCAUCUACCUUCCUACCCAUGAGCCACUUAGAUCACCAUGGAAACAGCAACGUUCUCUACGGGCAACACCGUUUUUAUGAAACCCAAAAAGAUAACUUUUAUCUACGCAACCUGCCUGCCCAGCCCACGCUUCUGCCCCCCAAUCACAACUUCCCCAGCAUCACCCGAGCAGCCCCAGGCCAUCCCAUCGGCUCUUGCAGCCGAGAUCGAGAGGCAGGCCACCUCCAGAAAGGCCCUAAGGAGUUUGACCGAUUCCUGAUGAACAAGGAACUGGGCAAAGAGAAGACGGGCAAGGCAGAGGGCAAGGAUCGGCCAGUAGAGGACGAUGUAAAGGAGAGGCACAAACUGGUCAUGCCCAUGACUCCGGAAGGACACUGCAAAGAGAGUACCCAUCCUAGAAGUACCUGUGAGAACCGAACCAAGCACCUCAACUCCUGUUUCCUGAGUACCAAGGUGCUCAAUGGCGAGGUGGGCAAAGCCGUCCUGGCCAGCUGUACGGGGGGGAUGCUGCCUCGACACGGGGCAGGGGUGGUGCCCAGCCGCUGUGCCAAGGAUGCAGGACGGCCUGAGCGAGAGCGGGAGUUGGGCCACCAUGAGCCAAACCAGCCAUACGGUGAAUGUCUGGAGCGGAGGCAGUUGCUUCACCAUUCAGUUUCCUACACGGUGCCCUCUAGCCUGCCAGCUGUGCCACCCCCACUUAGCACCAGCUCUGGGACAUUUCCUUGCUUACAGCUUCACUCCAAUCCAGACAUGUUAUGCCCCCUGCAAGACAAAGCCACCCGAGACCUGAAACUUAGUGGGCCCACCUUUGUGCCUUCUGUGGGGCACCUACCUGACAAGAGCCGGUCAUUCCAGGUGGCAUCAGAGCCAUGCCUGGCAGGAGAGGGGAAGGAUCGGCACCAUGAGGUGGGUGCUGACCACCCAGUGUCCUACGGAACCUCCUACGCCCACCUAAAGGCCGAGGGCAAGGGGGAUCGGAGGCUGGGCUUUGAGGCAGCCCUCAACCCGAGGCUGAAGGGAUUGGAAUAUCUCAAUAGCACUGGAUCUGAAGGCCCCUUUCCUAACCUACCCCACGCACCCCCCAAAGGUGGCCUCGAGAAGGGAAGCUACUUUGAGAUGCCCCCUCCCUCUCAGGACUGCUCCCGCCCCAGCCACCAGGACCCCUUGUGUGUGAAAAUCAACCAAACCUGCUGCACUUUAGACAAGGGUGCCAAAGAGGCCCCUGGCCCCAGUGCCCAAAAGGUUGCUAGGAUACGGCAUCAGCAGCACUUGUUACCUGAGAUGGAACAGACGGGAAAUGGGGCUGAAGCCCAGAGGAAAUCCAUUGAGUUGGCAUCCCUGGGCUACAAUGGGCCCCACCUGCCACCAUGGACGGUCCAUGGGGGUCAGGGCCCCCCAAUCUCCAUCAGUGAGGAGAGGAAGGGCUCCUACCUUGACCCCUUCAGCAACAGUCUGCAGCAGGCAGCCCUCAUGUCCCAAGAGCUACCAGCCCCACCGGACGAGGUCUCUGCCAUGAAGAACCUGCUCAAGUAUAGCAACCAAGCACUUAUUGUGGGCCAAAAGCCCCCCUUUGUCGGUCUGGGAAAUAUCAAAGCCAGCUGUGUCCAACAGGAAGUGAAGUUCCAGUCAGGCAAGGGUCAAGGGGAGCUAGAGAGGCCUGACUGUGCCCGGAGCCGGGAGCAUGAGGCCCCCCAUAGUGAUGGGGAGGUGAGGCAGCCCCCUGUGGGCAUUGCUGUGGCUGUGGCCCGCCAGAAGGACACUCUGAGCCGCCCAGAACCUUCCUAUGGCACUAAUUCUAGCCGGCAGGGCCGUGCAGUGCCUGGGUUCAAAGCGGGCCCCAACCGCUCGGUGCACGUGAUCGAUCUGGAAGCCGAAGAGGAGAGGGGCCGACUCUGUAGUGAUGAGCGGCUGGGCCUGACGAGUCGGGAGCUGCUUCUCCAGGAUAACAAGGACCUUGUUGAGUUUGCCAGAAUUCAUCCAUCCAGUGGCUGCCCUGGAGACGUAACCUCUCACCUCAUGAUUGCUGGAGGAUCAUCUCUACAAACCAGCCAGCUUGGGGGUGAUCCUACCACCCAUGCCCAUCCAGCUCACCCCCCCUGGCUGCCCCGAACCCGCAGUCCCUCCAUUUGGAUGGGAGGACAUUCCUAUGGGCUUGGCCACCCGGCUCUCCACCAGAACCUGCCACCUGGCUUCCCAGCCACCAUGCCCAGCACAAUGCAGUCCAUGUUUCCCCUGUCCCAGGACCCCCCUGCCCAGCUGGUCAUCUUGCCCACCGAGCCUACACCCCAUGCUGCUCCCCAUUCACUUGCUGACGUCAUGGACCAGGCUUCGUUGUGGCCACCCAUGUACCCAGGUCGUGGGCCUGCUUCCCACAUGCAGCACCCCAGCCAGCUUCCCGUCUACUCUCGCUCCCAGUUUCUAAGGCAGCAAGAGCUCUAUGCCCUCCAGCAGCAGCAGAGAGCAGCCCAGGCAUUAGAAAUGCAGCGGAAAUCCCAGCUUCAGAGGAAGCCUGAGGACUACCAUGCAGAGUUUGAAGAAGCAGUCCCAGAGAAGACCCUGAAGUCCUCUCAUAAACCAGUUGCCUUAACCCCCAUAUCCAAGGGCGCCUCUUCACCGGCUGCUGCUCCGUGCCCUGCCAAACUUUCACCUUGCUGCCAUUCUCCUGCCCUGCGGCACCCCUCCAAAUGCACCACGCCACUCUCCACUGCCCCGUGCACUUUACCCCUCUGCCCCACUGCUAGCUCUGCCGUGGCGCCCCGCUCCCCAGCCACCAGUCCUGGCCCUGCUCAGAGCUCAAAGGGUAUCGAAGUCGAAGACAAGAGAGGAGAGGGCCAGCCCCCGCAAGACUAUCCCAAAUCAUUAGAACCAGAUCUGCCCCCAGGAUACACCUACCCUGCGGUCAGCAUGGGCUACUCUUCCCCCUUGCCCCAUGACAUGCACUCAGCUGAUCCCGCAGACCCUGAAACUAUGCAAACUGUUUCCACGGCAGCCGAACCCGAGCAGUCCAGGACAUUUCCACCCUCUGAGCGGCCUCACUGUGAUCCCAAUGCUCUGGAUGAGGCCAGCCUGGUAGGAGGAGCAGGUGGCCAGGUGGAGGGCACUGAGUCAAGGGCCCUGGAGCUGGAGUGCCAGUCGCAUACUCAUGGGCAUCCACACCCCAUGGAGUUGGGGCCCCCCAGUGAGGCAGCCCCUCCCAGUGGGUUGGGGGAGCUUCAGGAACUCCCCUAUGGUUCCCUCAUGGAAGGAGGAGGCCCUGAGACAAGGAGCUGCAUAGAUUCUACUCAGGAAGGGGCAGAAGAGGAGAGGACUGAAGAGGGGGACAGCAAAGGGCUGCUGACAAGGUCCUCCCCACUGGCCUCUGAGGAGGGAGCACUACAUCCUCUGGGAAAGGAAGAGGUGGGGGAGGGGCCUGACCCACAGGAGGAGGAGGAGGAAGAAGGAGAAGAAGAAGACAGAGAAGAGGAGGAGGAGGAAGAGGAGGAAGAAGAGGAGGCCUGGGAUAUGAUUCAAGAGGAAGACCACCUACCUAAGUCAUUGCCAGGUCUGGAUGCUUUGGUCGCAGCCACCAUCGACCUGGGCGAUCUGCCCUCCCUGAAUCCAUCCAGCACUCAAUCUUCAGGCCCUCAACAGCUUACAAAAGCUCCUGCCCUUCAGGGUAGCUCAGGAAUCCAUGGGAUCGCCCUUCUUAGUGAACUGGCUGACCUGGAGUUCCAGCGACAGAAGUGUGAACAAGUCACAGAAGUGGAGGAAGAAGUCUUGAUGGACUUCAACUUACAACAUCUGGCCACCCUGGCUGCUGCCUGGUCUCUAGUGGAGGCUGCAAGCCUAGAGACUGAACCUCCUGCAGCUGGGCUCCCUGUUCCUGGUCCCUGCUGUUCCACUCUCACACCCCGGAUGCAGAUCCUCCGACGUAAAUACACAUGGACCCCCAAAACCAAACCUGUGUGCCCUCUCAAAGCUGCCAUUGACCAGCUGGGCACGAAGGAGGUGGAGAUGAGGAUGAGGCUGGUAGACCUGCAACGGCGUUACAAGGAGAAACAGCGAGAAUUAGCCAAGCUGCAGCGACAUGACCAUGAGAGAGACGAGCGGUCCAGGAGCCCAGCUCGUCGGGGACCAGGACGACCUAGGAAACGGAAGCACUCUGGCAUCCUGCCAACCCUGCGACAGGGUGGCCACCUCCCCAAGUGUGACAGCAAAAAAGUCAAGUCUGUGAAGGCCAGCCUAAGCAUCCUGUGUGCGGAGCUCUGCAGUGAAGGAGAGCCCAAGAAGAAAAGAAGCAAAUUAGAUAAGGGGGUAUACGGCAGUCUCAACUCCCAGGAGAAGGUCCGGUGCAAAAAGAGUGGAUCCCAGAGCAAGGUGGCCCAGCUGAAGCCGAAGGUCAGGAACAAAGGGCUGCCAGCUGGCAUCAGCCCCUUCCGGCGGAAAGAGGCCAACCCUGGCGGGCGCAUCCAAAAGAAGCUUUCUCGAGCCAAGAGCACCAAGGUGGCCUUGGCAGCCAAGCAUCCGCAGCCAGACAGCGACGGCAAGGAUGGACCCAAGUUUGCAGCCAAGCCUACGGCUGCAAUAGGGGGAACUGAGGCAGGCGGAGGCCAGGAUGGGGACUAUGACAGUGAGGACUGUGAGGGACUUGCAGGAGAUGAACCUCCAACCAAGGACCUAAGCCCUCCCCUCCACCCAGGGGCCAAUGCUACAACGUUGGGGCCCUCCCCAUCCUCAGUGGUGAAGAUGGAAGCAAAUCAGAAGGCCAAGAAGAAGAAGGAGAGGCAGGGUUUACUAGGGUCCUGCCGGAUAUCCAGCCCUGAGGGUGAGGUCAAAAUUAAGAGGCGGGCAGUGAAGCCUGGAGCUGAGACUCGGAAACUGGAGCGGGCCCCAGUGCGCAGGCGGCCAGGAGUGUGUGAUGGAGAGGGCAAGAAGAAACUAAAAGCCAAGCCCAAAGACAGCCUUCGUCCAGAGCCUGGGGCCACACCCAUUGGGGAUGAUCUCUACAGCCAAGCCCGGGCCUUCUCUUCCCGAGAAGAGGGUGGGAAGCUGGCCAGUGAACGACUAAAGAAAGCCACAAGGAAGAGCAAAGUAUUACAGUCGGCUCUAAGGCGGAAGAAUGGGGCCUUGUCUAUCGCCUUGUCACCCCGAAAUGCCAAGACCAUCUUAAGCAAAGGCAAGAAGCUAGGCAAGGUGAAGAGCAAGGCUGUGAGCAAACAGGGUAAGGGCCGGGCGGUGAGCCGGCUGCUGGAGAGCUUUGCUGUGGAGGAUGACUUUGAGUUUGAUGACAACAGCAGCUUCUCAGAGGAAGAGAAUGGCCCCCUGGGUGGAGAGCAGGGCAUGGCUCAUGUCCAGUCAUGUACGAUCCACAAAGAAGACCUCCAGGACGGGUUACACGUGCUCAUCCCCAAGGAGGACAGCCUGCUGUAUGCUGGCAGUGUUAAAACUCUGCAGCCUCCGGACAUCUACAGUAUUGUGAUUGAGGGCGAGAGAGGGAACAGGCAAAGGAUCUACUCCCUGGAGCAGCUGUUGCAGGAAGCUGUCCUUGAUAUCCGGCCCCAGUCAAGUCGCUACCUCCCACCGGGUACCCGGGUCUGUGCCUACUGGAGUCAAAAGUCCCGCUGCCUGUACCCAGGCAAUGUGGUCCAAGGUGCCUCCAGUGAUGAAGAAGAAGACCUUGAUUCAGUGGUAGUUGAGUUUGAUGAUGGUGACACGGGCCACAUUUCCGUAUCCAAUAUUCGAUUAUUACCUCCAGACUUCAAGAUUCAGUGCACAGAACCCUCCCCAGCACUGCUCGUGUCCAGCAGUUGUCGCAGAAACAAGAGAUCUUCCAGUGAUGCUCCCCCACCCAGUGAAACAGCACCCAGUCUGUCUCCUGAAGGACGGGAUAUCCCUGAACCCUCAAAGAACUUGGGGAAGAAGGUCGUUAACAAAGAAAAAGCAGGCAAAGCUGAUGUCUUAACACCAGGGGCCAAGACGCCGGUGGUGGCAGCAGAGCACUUCCUGGGCCGCCGGGGCAGCCCGAUGCUGAGCUGGUCUUCGGUGGCCCAGACUAAGAAGAAGGGGACGACGGUGGCAGCUGUGGGAGGAGGAGGCGGCAGCAAGAGCACAGGUGUCCUCCAGAACCUUUUCCAGCUCAAUGGCAGUGCCAAGAAGCUGAGAGCCCGAGAGGCCUUGUUCCCCGUGCACAGCAUGGCCACCCCAGUCUUUGGCAAUGGUUUUGGGGCAGACUCCUUCAGCAGCAUAGCCAACUCUUAUGCCCCAUUCACAAGCGGGGCAGGGCUGGCCCUGCCUGGGGGUGCCCACAAGCUGCUACGGGCAAAGAAGGCAGAACGGCUGGAGGCUGAGAAGAGUGGGCGACGGAAAGUUGGUGGAGAGUUCCUGGUCAAGCUGGAUCAUGAAGGGGUGACCUCACCCAAGAAUAAGAACUGUAAGGCCCUGCUCAUGGGUGACAAAGACGACGGACCCAAGCUUGGGAGGCCCUUACCUACCCCUGGCUACGUCCAUCCAGCUCUCGUGGGCAAGGAAAAAAAAGGGCGGGCUCCCGUCCACCCAUUGCCCAUGGGGCUGGCACUGCGUAAAUAUGCAGGCCAAGCUGACUGUUCACUGCACUGCGACAGUGACUGCCACAGCUCCUACUCUGAUGAGGAUGAGGAUGGUCUGGCAGGCAAUGUCCCCUCUCGGUUUCUCACCCGCCUCUCCGUCUCUUCCUCCUCGUCCGGUUCCUCUACAUCUUCAUCCUCAGGCUCCAUCUCCACGUCCAGCCUCUGCUCCUCAGACAAUGAGGACUCAUCCUAUAGCUCGGAUGAUGAGGACUCAACUUUGCUGCUCCAGACUUGUCUCACCCACCCUGUGCCCGCCCUUCUGGCGCAGCCUGAGGCCCUGCGCUCGAAGGGGGGCAGCCCCCACCCUCACCCCCAGCGCUGCUUCCUCGCCAAAGCCACUGCAGCCAGUGGCAAGACCAAGAUGAAGCGGAAGGAGGCCCUGAGCUUCUCCAAAGCCAAAGAGUUUUCCCGGAGGCAGCGACUCCCCUCUGUGGAAAAUCGGCCAAAGAUCUCAGCCUUCCUGCCAGCCCAGCAACUGUGGAAGUGGUCUGGGAAUCCUACUCAGAGGCGGGGAAUGAAAGGGAAGGCCAGGAAGCUGUUCUACAAGGCAAUCGUUCGGGGAAAGGAGACUCUCCGCAUCGGGGAUUGCGCUGUCUUCUUGUCGGCUGGCCGGCCCAACCUUCCCUAUAUCGGUCGCAUUGAGAGCAUGUGGGAGUCCUGGGGCAGCAACAUGGUGGUGAAGGUGAAAUGGUUCUACCACCCAGAAGAGACCAAGUUGGGCAAACGGCAGAGUGAUGGGAAGAAUGCCCUGUACCAGUCAUGCCACGAGGACGAAAAUGACGUUCAGACCAUCUCACACAAGUGCCAGGUUGUGGGGAGAGAACAAUAUGAGCAGAUGACACGGAGUAAGAAAUACCAAGACCGACAAGACCUCUACUACCUGGCAGGGACCUAUGACCCCACCACCGGGCGCCUAGUGACAGCGGAUGGUGUGCCCAUCCUGUGCUGAUCUGGGCAGUACCACUGGAACUUGCCACUGCUUUGCAUGAGGGGGUGCACUGAACAGCUCUCCCCAAACCCCACCCCAGGGCAGUGACCUCCCUAAUCAUCGGAAACUUGAAAACUUUGUUUCAUCCUCCUCUACCCUGAGCCUCCCCCAGACUCCCCCCACCCACUCAGAUGGCCUCUGCUCCCUCCGAGCAGUUUCCUCCCCAGGGAUGAGGAGGAGUGUGGAUCACGGAGAAGAGCCAGGUUGUGACGACCGACCGGCACUGUCAGGGGGUCUUUUAUCCAAGCCCCAAUCAGGACCCUCCCUGCCUAACGACAGCUUUAAGGCAGGCCCCACAUGGCACUCCAAGACGGAGAGUCUGAGUAAAUAUGCAAAACCCAUCACAGCAAGAUUCAGGCUUUUUAAAUUAUUAUUGUUGUUAUUAUUAUUAUUAAUAUUAAUUAUUUUCCCUGGAAAGAGAAAGCUCUCUGGCUUCAGAAUCCAAUUUCCCAUCUGACUCUGAUCCUGCUAGGCCCCAAGGUCUCUUUCCUGGGACCUGGACAAGGGGCCACAUUCCCUUCAGUUGAUUACACACACCGACCCAUGGAUUUCCACCUCUAUUUUUUCUCCCCAGCAUUGGCAGUUCACAAGAGAUUAGAAUUCAAGCCAUAUUUUCCCUAGUACCUCUGACUGUCUCCCACCAGGGAAAGCAGAAAUCAGGUGUAUUGUCUAUUUAUUUCUCUAUGUAAAUAUUGUAUUUCUUUGGGGAAGUUUUAUGGAAAAAAACAAAUAGGAAAAAAAAGAAGGUUUUCAUGAGCGUAUGUGUGUAUGUAUGUGUGUGUGCGUGUGCACAUGUGUGUAUGUUGGGAGGGAUUUGGGUUUGGGAAUUUUCUUUGAAAAUGCACUGUUUUUUCUCAGCCUGGCUGAGCUCCAGGACUGGGUUAAUCUGUAAAUAUAGAGGCAGCAUUUGGGUGGGCGGGUAGGGGGUGUUAAGGGCCAGGAGAGCAACUGUGGUCACUCCAGUGAAGUGUUCUUAAUGAGAGAUAUCCCACUUUAAUUCACUAACCUCCUUGUGGAACUGUUUAAAGAUAGAAAUCACACCAAGGUCUCUUACCUUUUAUACAUCAUUUAAACACACGCACACACGCACGCAUGCACUCACACACACACCCUUUCAGGGGGGUUGGGAAGGGUGGCAUGAGGAUGCCCUCAUAAGAAAAGAUUCUAGAUUACUCUAAAAAUCAGUAUCAACUGUGCCCCUCAUCCCUUGGGGGCCAGGAGUUGGGGAUGGGGGACAACAGCCACGUUUAUCUUACCUCUAUUAAAAAAAAUCUACAAAAUGGGAAAAAUAAAAUGAGGUAAAAAGCAAGAGAAAGUAAGAAAAGGUCAUCUUUUCAUUUUAUUCAUUCUAUCUAUUGCAAGUUCUUUCUUUGUUCAGUUUUCCAUGGUUGAUUCCAUGCUCCCUCAUCCCCACUUCAUGGUCCUCAGAGCCCAGGAGAGUCUAGGCACCUGCUGGCCAUCUAAGACAAUAGAGGCUCAGGUCUCCCCCUCUCCCAACAACUUGCUUGUCAAUACCCAUACAAGGAACACCAAAAACAGCCCUUCCACUGACAUAGGCAGUACUGCAAUCCCCUCCUCAACUGAGCGCCUCAAUUUUAUUUUUCAAAUCAAAAACCCUGCAAACAAACAGUGAUGAUGUAUGAAAAUUAUACCUCAGUUCUCGGAAACUCAGGCAGAGAUAGAUCUACCUUUUCCUUCUUUCUAGCUCUUGUGAUAGCCCUUCCUCAGUUUAGGAGGAAUAGGGCAGGUUCCCUCUUUUCAGGUUCCUUCUUUUCAUCCUCAGUCCCCUGUAUGAGCCACCUCAGCAUUAGGAAACUGGCACAGAUUUGCUUUUUUCCAAUGUGCAGAAUAAGAGGAAGAAGGGGAAAAAAACCCCUCCUCCUCCAACCCGAUCCCUCAUAUACACAACCCUCUGUUGCCCCAGAGUCAUGCCAUAUGACCUCUGUGGCUUUCUUGGUGGGCAGCAUGGCCACAUGGACCACAUGGCUGCUUCUCUCUCCCCACCUCACAUCUCAAGUCAGACCGAAUGACUUUCCAUGAAAACAUCAGACGAUAAAGACAAUAAAGAGCAAACCAAAGCAGAGAAAAUGCCCUCCCCAUCACCUUGCCACUUUCUUCCCACCUCCCCACCCUGUCCGCUGCCCUCCCCGACUUCCUGGCCUUUCUGUGGCCUGGGAGCCAUCUCUGUGACACCCCUGGGCAAGUGCGAUGAAUACUGUCCACCUCUGACCUAGAUGGGGCCCAUGUGGAGGACAAUCAAACAGCUCUCUGGAGCACAUUCUUUUCAGGAGGAAAUCAAGUCCCAUCCUUCCCUUCCCAGCCUUCUCCCCUUGGUGCAUGGGCUCUGGGUAUUGAUUGCCUUCUUUGAUUCCCUGUUUUUUUGUUUUGUUUUGUUUUCUGUGGUGGCUUUUUUGUUUCCCUUUUGUUGGUUGGGUGGAAAUGGAGAUGGAAGUAGAUGCUGGGGGCUAAGUGACCACUGGCCAUGAGAUGACUGCUUGCAUCAUGAAAGCAGCUGGUCUCCUAGGUCCUUCCUCAUGUUGGCCAGCCAAGACCACUGAGAACACUUGCCAAAGAAGGAAUGUAAGCCUUCCAGAUUAGACCAUUGUUCAGUCCACAGUUCAAAUUGUUGUGGCCUUGUUGUGUGGUAUUUUGGUUCCCUCUCUAAGAUUCAUUCAACAUGAUGCCUAAUACCCUCUCUUGACUUAAAAAUCAGUUUAUCCCUUGGGCCCCAGAGUGCUAUGCCCUAGUAUUAAUAGGACAAGGUAAGAAUUUGUAUUCAUGUAAAGCAUAGCACAAUGACUCCAAAGACUGAGGCUGUCCAGAACUGUCUGAGAACCGAACAGCAAUAUUCUUUUAGGAAAAAUUGUAGAAAUCUCAGAAGUGGAAGAGAUUUAAGGGAAUCAUCUAAUCCAAAAAUAUGUGGGCCCUUUCCCUCUUUAUUUUAUAGCUGACCAGUUGCAUCAGGCCUGAGCUGAAAAUAUGACUUCUUUUUUAGUAAAUUACAAGUACUCUACCAGCCUAAGACCAGUACUACAAACUCUCCUCCUAGAGGGGCAGUUACUGAAUGGCUGGACCAGAGGGCCCCAGGGUUGGUAAAUCACCUUUUAGAGCAUCCUUUCCUGCCCUCACCCUUAUUUGAACCAUUGGGUUCCCUCCCUGAGCAGUAUUCCUCUUCUUGGGAUGAGCCCUCUUAAAGAAAUCCUCUAACAAGAGCAACGAACCCUGCAAUAAUCUUAGGGCACCAAAACAUCUAAAACUGGUAGGUGUCACAAUCAGAUACUUUAGAACUUACGCUUAAAGGUAACAUUAAUGAGAUUUCUACUUCAGGAUUCAGGUCUUCCAUCUCACCCAUUCCUGCCUAACCACUGCUGAUCUCCUCUCCACCCCCAUUUAUACUCUUAUCCCUCACCUCUUAGCCUUCCUUUCCUUAAAAGAAUGAGGAAUAGAAAUCAAUGGGUUUCAAGGAAUCUCUGGUGUUCCAAGAGGCAGCCUGUUCUUGUGUCUAUGCUAAUGACUUCCAGUUUCCAGGCAAAGUGAUCUGAGGACAUGGCAGAAAGUUUUGGGAAGGGCCUUUUAAAAAUUUAUUUGGGGGUAUCCCCCAAUGCCUCGGUCUUCUUCUGCCUCUCGGCAUGAGUGCAAUAUUUGCUCUCUGUGGUUUUCUCCUUUGGUUGGUAAAGUCAAAGGCAGCAACCUCCUCUAAGCCCAAGGACCAAGGGUCCUUCUUUUGAGCUGAGAAAACUGAUGCAAGUCUGUCAGAGACUAGCUCACCCCUUCACCACCCUCCCCAUCCCCAUUAAAAGUUCCACUUUCAGUCUGAAAAUAUACAAGGAUAUUUCGUGAAGAAAAAGUGAUUAAGUGACAAGAGAAAGUGAGGAAAAUGUUGUUGGCUGAAAUUAGAAUCUAAAGCUAUUUAAAACCCCAAGUACAGAAGAACUGAGAGAGUGAAAGGGGAAAAAAAAAAAGACCUUUUUUUUUUAAUCCCUCUUGUUGAAGUUUCUUUUCCUCCUUGUGUUGGGUUUUCUGUUGUCUUUCUUUCUUUCUUUCUUUCUUUCUUUUGUAUAAAUAACGUGAAUUCCCCUCCCUUUCUAACCGUGGUUAAAUGUUGUGAAAACCGGUAUUAUUGUAAAUGUGUAAAGUAUGAUGAUGGUUGGAAUUUUUUUUCAAUGUAAACACUAAAAAUACAAAAAAACAAAACAAAGGUUUUAUGAACAGCAAACUCUAUGUAAAGGCAUUUUAGUAUUAAUUUUUUAUUGAUAACUUGGCUUAUGAAUAAAUAUAUGAAACAUU